CAAGGAGGUACACUCAGUUUCUCCUGCAUGCUUGGUGUGCUUCAUCUCUUCAUUUGUAUCCCAGCUUUAGAAAUCAAAGAAAGAACAAAAGACAUGCUUUGACUUUAAUACUCUUCACUUAUUUUUUAUUGUCUUUUGAGGUUCAGUUAUUACCCAUUUGAAAGUGUCUCUUCACCAUGAGUGGGUGUCCGUUUUUAGGAAACAGCUUUGGGUAUGUUCUUAAGAAUCUAUCUCUAGAAGGCACCAAAGAAGACGAGUCACAAACAGGUGUGAAUAGAGCCAGCAGAGGAGGGCUUAUCUAUGGGAACUACUUACAGUUGGAAAAAAUUUUGAAUGCACAAGAACUCCAGAGUGAAAUAAAAGGAAAUAAAAUCCAUGAUGAACAUCUUUUCAUCAUAACUCAUCAAGCUUAUGAACUCUGGUUUAAGCAAAUCCUCUGGGAGUUAGAUUCUGUGAGAGAAAUCUUUCAGAAUGGCCAUGUCAGGGAUGAAAGGAAUAUGCUCAAGGUGGUGACUCGGAUGCAUCGAAUUGUGGUUAUCCUUAAGCUCCUUGUACAGCAGUUCUCUGUGCUGGAAACCAUGACAGCCUUAGACUUCAAUGACUUCAGAGAGUAUUUAUCCCCUGCGUCAGGCUUCCAGAGUUUACAAUUCCGAUUGCUAGAAAACAAGAUUGGUGUUCUUCAGAGUUCCAGAGUCCCUUACAACAGAAGACAUUAUCGUGAUAACUUCAGGGGAGAAGAUAAUAAACUGCUACUUGAUUCUGAGCAGGAGAAAACCCUUCUGCAGCUCGUGGAGGCAUGGCUAGAAAGAACACCUGGUUUGGAACCUCAUGGAUUUAACUUCUGGGGAAAGUUAGAAAAGAACAUCAUCAAAGGCCUGGAAGAGGAAUUCAUACAGAUUCAGGCUAAAGAAGAAUCUGAAGAUAAAGAGGAACAGAUGGCUGAAUUUCAGAAGCAGAAAGAGGUGUUAAUGUCCUUAUUUGACGAAAAACGCCAUGAGCAUCUCCUUAGUAAAGGUGAAAGACGACUGUCAUACAGGGCACUCCAGGGAGCACUGAUGAUUUACUUUUACAGGGAAGAACCUCGAUUCCAGGUCCCUUUCCAGUUGCUGACCUCUCUGAUGGACAUAGACACACUCAUGACGAAAUGGAGAUAUAACCAUGUGUGCAUGGUGCAUAGGAUGCUGGGCAGCAAAGCUGGCACUGGAGGUUCCUCAGGCUACCACUACCUGCGCUCAACCGUGAGUGACAGGUACAAGGUGUUUGUGGAUUUAUUUAACCUUUCCACAUACUUGGUUUCUCGACACUGGAUACCGAAGACAAACCCAAUGAUUCAUAAAUUCAUCUACACAGCUGAAUACUGUGACAGCUCCUACUUCAGCAGUGAAGAAUCAGACUAAACUCAUGAAAAUUCUGUGAACAAUAUUGAUUUCUCAGGCUAUUUUUUUAUUUUCUAAAUUCCCAUCAACGUCUGGAAAUUCUUAGGGAGAUGUAUUUUUACCUUUAGUUCAGACCAAUGGUAUGUUGAUUCAACUCUGGAAAAAAUUUUAUUGCCAUCAGUUUGUGAUCAUAUAAAAUGAAACAUCAAGAAGAGAAGUAAGCUAAUUGUAACAUUGUACAUGUUUUUAUUAGAAAUUGUGUGUGUUUGUGCAUGUGUGUGUGUUAUAUUCCUAUAAUUCCAGCUACCUGGGAGGCAGACACAAGAAGGAUGGAUGGUGGUUUGAGUCCAGCCAGGGAAAAAUAUUAGAAAGACUCCAUAUUAUAAUAGGCUUAUACCUAUUAUCUUAGCUACUCAGAAAGAUGAGAUCUGAAGAUUACAGUUCAAAGCCAGC